CGCGCUUAAUUAAUCGUGUAUCCUCCCGCUUUUGCUUAGGACAAUUUACGUCGACUGCGCAGCGACAAUUUCAUUAAGCGUGGAAUGCUUUUCGCACUUGGAACUGGUCUGAUCGUGACGUCAACGUGGUUUCAUUAUUCCUAACAGCGUGCACGGCGUGCACUUCGGAUAGAGGAGGAUAAAAUCGUUCAGAAAGUAAAUUCGAACCGAGUGACAAAAUAAAGAAGAGUAUUUCGUUUCGAGUUCUUUAACGGAAGCAUUGCCAUUUGACAUUAACCCUCAGCUAAUGGAUUAGCGUCAUCGGGCCCGUGAUAUUUCACACAGUGGAGCAACUGAAGCUCCUCCAGUCGGAGGAAGGAAUGGAAGGCCCUAGCACUCCUCUACCCAAACCUAUCUGUCACAUAGCAUACAAUCAGACAGACGUUGAAGUAAAUACUGCCGCUUCAGAAACGACCACGGCUCAAGAAGCUCAGGAAAAGAAGACACAGUGUGGAUCAAAGAUCGAAGAAACUCCGAACGUAGAAGACGCGUCAAACGAGGGAGAAAUCUCAACUAAGUCCAGCGAGAUGACUGAAGAAUCGACAGGCGCCACUGUUCAGGUAACAGAGGAAAGCUCGAGCAAUCAGGAGGCGUCUGAGGUGAAUCAGGAGACGCCAGAAACAAACUACGCGACACCAGAGGCAAACUACGAGUCACCAGAAGACGUCCACGUACUCCAAGAAACGAAUGAAGAAGUUCCUGAAGAGAAUCAGGAGUGGAGCUCUACUUCCAUCGAUACGAGGACUUCGACAAUAACAGAAACUAACGCGGAAACGACUAUCGAAUCUAUUGAUGAAACUAAACAGAAAAAGGAGCCAACUGUGGACACAGUUGUACAAGAGGUUUAUGAAAUUAUAAAACCCACGCCAUCUAUGUUCUUGGACGAGGACGUGCCUCUGGAGUCGAAGAGCGUUACGGGGGUUAUUUUGGAGAAGACAGAGGACGCGGAAGACGAGGAUGACGAGAACAGGUUCACGCGUCUCGGCGAGAAGGUCACGCAAGUGCCAAGGCCAAGCCUAACCAGCUACUUGAGGCGCUCGAAAGUGCCGCCGAGUGGGACUCUUCAGCACCUCGCCAGCCUAUACGACUCCCUCAGCAAAGACGCGAGAAAGCAAGGAUUCGGCAAGUACACAGGCUACUCUGACGAGGUUCUCAACGUACUGAUGACCUCUGCCGAAGGUGGAGUCGCUCCGCAGCUCAAGAAGAUCCUAGAUAAGGUCUUGGAGCGAAACGAACUGACCAGAGACGACGCGAAGCUGAAGACCAACCAAACCAUUCGGGAUCUUAACAACCCUUCGAGUACCCUCAACAAGGAUCUGAGGCCUGUGUUGCCUCUUCGCUACUCGCCCUAACCCGUGAUACUAUUAAACGAAUGACCGGUCUCUCGAGUUUACGAUUAAUCGAUAACCCGUGGCAUCCAAAAUUUUGGAGCAGGUAUAGACGUAGAUGAAAUUGAUUGAUCUGCGUCAAAGGACGUACGACUAAAAUGAAACAAUUUUAGUUGUAAAUUCACUAAAACAAUACUUGUAUACCUAUUCUCCUCGAUGCUUUGUGCUUUAAGAAUCAAUUAUUCGCUUUUUUUAGGACUAAAUAAUGUGAAACAUUUGAUCGAUAAGACAAAUGACUCUGUUAGUAAUGUAGGACACUGCGUAGAUAAAUGAGGAUUCAACGUUGCCGAUUCUUACGAACAGGACACGCUACGUUAUCGUGCGCAUUUCGAGUCACUCGAAUGAUUCACAGUUACAUUAAUUAAUUGUGAAUACAAUGACGUUGAAUCAUACUUGAUGUUUUCGGUACCGUUGCAAUAUUUAUACAUUCCCCGUAAAGCCACUACCAGAAAUACUAAGGUCGAUAUGUAUGAACAUUAAUGAUUAGACAAUUUAAAAUAAAAGAAAGUCGAAAGAGAUG